AUGAAACGCCAAUUAAUACCGUUUAUGCUUGUUUUAGUAUCUAGUUUAAUUUUCAUGAUAUCAUUUCAAUAUAUUCCAAAAUGUCAUACAAAAUCCAAUUGUCAACCAUGUUAUAUGAUGUACAGUAAUUUAGAAAAUAUUUAUCUUUCUCUUGCUGUUUAUACUCCGUUUGUAUUUAUGAUUGUAGCAACGAUUGUUAUUUUCGUUCGUCUAUAUUAUCAUCAACGAUUAUUUCGUUACAGACGUAAUUCAUCUCGUAAGAUUUUGUUCACUUUACUCACGUAUAUAUUAUGGCAUAUUCUCUAUCAAUUACCAUUACAAAUUCAUAAUACAUUGACGAAAUUCUAUCCAACAAUAUCAGCAAAACAAACCUUAACAUUAGCAAUCAUUUUACAUUUAAUGUUUCGUCAAACAUAUCCACUGCUAACCUAUAUUCUUUUUCGAGACCAACGAGUAUUAUCGAAAAGAAAUAGAAGUAUGCCGAUGAAAACACUUGUUGGUAAACGCAGUGAAUUACUAACAGCUUUUUAUUAG